AUGAAGAGAGCCGGAAUUAAGACAUCCCAAAUUUGGAAUUACAUGGUAGAAGUUCAUGAUGGUUGGGAAAAUGUGGGAUGUAUCAAAGAUGACUUGUACAAGGGAAUCUGUAAAAAAUAUUCAACUUGGGAUGAUUGUGACACGUCCACAGCAAUGGGUUAUCUCGAAGCAAAAAAAGGGUCGGACAACAUGUUUUUCUACAAGUAUGAUGUAGAUAAAGAAAAUAGAUUGAAAAAUUUAUUCUGGUCUGACGGGACUUCCCAGGUUGAUUACCAAUUAUUUGGUGAUUGUUUGGCUUUUGAUUCUACUUACAAAACCAAUAGGUACGGAAAGCCAUUAGUAAUACUACUUGGGUCUAAUAAUCAUGACAAAACGUGUGUGUUUGGAGCUGCACUUCUUGAUAAUGAGACUUCGACCACAUAUGAUUGGGUAUUGGAAACAUUUUUAGAGUGCAUGGGUGGUAAGAUGCCGUCAGCAGUUUUGACGGACGGUUGCAAAGCAAUGAACAAAGCACUAGAUAAUAUUAAGCCUGGUGUUCCACAUCGUAUUUGCUCGUGGCACAUACUAAAAAAUGCAAUGCACCAUGUACACAAUAUAGCAUUCCAUCAAGAAUUGAAGAAAUUUAUUUUCAGGUAUUACAAGGAGGAAGAAUGGGAGGAUAAUUGGAAAGUGACUGUGAAGAAAUAUAGAUUGACAGGAAAUGCAUGGGUGGAAGCAGAAUAUGGCACAAGAAAGCAGUGGGCAGAUACUUUUCUUCGUGGUAUUUAUUUUGGUGGAGCUACUGCUACCGGUAGAUGCGAAUCUAUGAAUGCAUUCUUGAAAAGAGAUUUGCAAAAUAAAAUACCAUUGUGGAUGUUUAUACGACACUUUGACCAUGCUUUAUCUAUGUUACGUUACAACGAGAUGAAAGAACACUACAGAACUAAUUUGACUGAACCGGUUUUGAACCAGACAACUAUGUCGUGUGUGGAGGAUGAAAUUUCUUCAAUUUUCACAAGGGAAAUUUUUACAAGGAUAAGAAAGGAGAUACGGUGUGGCGAUAAUUAUAUUGUCCUAAAGGAUGAUAAGAUACCAGGUUACACUCUUUGUUUGGUGAAAAAAUAUAUUGGUUCUGGAUUAAAGCGCAAAGCGUUAAUCUCCAACGAUGGGGAUGAUGUGCGAUGUGAUAGCUAUUCUCUUGAGACAAAAGGAAUUCCAUGUAGACAUAUUUUUAUUUCAUUGAAGAAUUUGGAGAGAAGAAGUUUGCCAAUUUGUUUGGUAAAUAGACGUUGGCUAAAAGAUGCUAAAGAAGUUCAACUGUUAACUCAAGGUAAUGAAAGAAAGUGUCCUCAUCCUGAAGUUAUUGAAAAUUCUAGGUACGGUGGUGUAACCACACAAACUACUAUCACGUCGUACCUUGCUACAAGAGCACGAGAAGCAUUUCAAAAGGCUAUGAAAGUUAUAUCAGAGUUGAAUGCAGAAUUGGAAAAAAUGCCACCAGAUGAAGAGUUAAAACAUCCUCAAAAUGAUGAAGGAGUAUUUCCUAAUAAUAUUUUGGACUCUCAGAUUAAAAAAACAAAAGGCAGACCAACUACAACCAGUUUAUCGAAAUCAUUCUCUAGAGGUGCAAAGAAGAGAAAACCAAAAAAAUCUCUAUUACAUUGCAAGUAUUGUGGUGAGGUUGGACAUGAUUCAAGGAAUUGUCCUAUGCAGCCAAAGUCCACUACAAAGAAAAAUGGUCAUUCGAAGAAUAAGAAGAAAAAAAUCAAUCCAUGA